UGACGUCAUUCGAUGGCGGAACUUCAUGGGAUGAAUUGCCAUGGUAUCGAGUAAUGGAUUUUAUCCAUUUUAAUCUGAUGAAAUUAAUCACUCAGCGAAAUUAAAUAAACACUAUUUCGGACCACAGUUCUCAAUAUUCUUUUCGAUCUGGUUUUAUUCCUGAAUAUACCCAGAUAAAUACCAUAAAGUCGUAUAUUAGAGGAUCGACAUCCAGCUCGUCAUCCUGGAAGGACUGAAAUGCAAGAAAUAAACCUGAAGGAGCCUCAGUAAAAGGACUUGGUGCUGGCUUUGCUACUGUGGUGUACAUUUAAACCCUGCUUGAUGAGUCUUGCUUAGCUUCAGUUAAAGAUGAGGGGUCAUGCUAAGUGGUCGUGAUGCAGAACAAAACGGCUCUGCAUCAAGUAGACACAGGCCAGAAAACUCCAAGGAGGGAGUUCUGUCAGAUGAAUCCAGGAACUCCUUGGGGAUAAAUAGCAUGCAGCAAUCUACUGAUGGCUCUUCUGAAUUAAGACACGGCCAUCAGUCUGAAAGCAAGAAGAAAAGUAAGCGAAAACAAAGUUCUGAGAGCAAAGAAGAUUUGAAGAAAGCACCUGCUAUUGUUGAGUACUCGGAUGUGAGUUCUGAAGACCUUUCUGCACCUGAAGCAGGAGAGAUUCAAAGUGAAGACGGCUUUAAUUUAAGUGAGGGGGAAGUUAGUCCUCAAUUGCAUCUCUCAAUGCGGCAUCACAGUGAUUCCCAUAGACACAGCAGCAGCAGCAGCAGCAAACAUAGGGAUAGAAAAACAUCAGAUUCAAGAUACUUGUCACCGUCUCCUACGGAGGGCCAUCAUACCCAUCGUAGGUCGUCACCAUCAGGUGUACCCAUAUCCCCAUCAUCUCCAUCUCACAAAAGUUCCCGCCAUAAAGAUUCAUCAGAUUCCAGGCACCGGAAGCACCGAGAUAUCCCAUCUCCUUCCUUUCAAGACAGUGACUCCCCAUCAGACUACCAUAGUUCAAAGAAUGAUUUACAUGCCAUGCGACAGAAAGGAAAAAAGCACAAACGCGAUCGUGACCGCAAACAUGAGAAGAGCUCAAGACAUUCAUCGCCUAGGAAAAGGAGGAAGAAAUCAAAGCAUCAUUCCCGAGAUUCAAGCCAAGCUGCAACAAGUAGGAAUGUUUCUCCCCCUAGUGCUGCUUCUCCAGGUUCUCCUGAUGGCUGGGAGAAAUCAGUAGCUCACAAGCACCACUCUCGAGACUCAAGUCAAACAGCGAUGAGUAGGAAUGUGUCUCCUCCCCCAGGUUCACCACGUUCCCCUCGGUCUCCUCUCGGAUGGGAGAGGCCAAUGCCACAUGAGGAUAGUAGGGCAUCCUACCGAGGUACUCCUCGUACCCCUCCUCUGAAACAUGGUCCCAGCACCUCUCCAGUGUCUCCUCCGUCGCGAGGUGCUGGCAGUGACAUGGACAUAGUGAGUGAUGAACGUGAUAGCCCUUCUUACUCCACAGCUAACCAACGCAGAAGGGUUAGUACAUCUGCUGCAUCUCCCCAUACUUCCCCCCCACCUUCCAAAGGAUAUGACUCGCAGUUACCUCGUGAUGUGGGAGGAAGACAAACUCCUCCUAGUCCUGGAGUGAAUCGACGCCCUGUGUCUCCAAACUACAAUCGUCGAUCAAGAAGCCCUGAUGGGAGAAUCCGUGAUGGAAGAACACCAAGCCCUUCAAGAAUAGCUCGUCUUCCUUCAGAUAAUAAUCUAGUUUCUAAUAGUCAAUCAAUGCGGGUAGAUGAAUGGAGAAGUCCACCCCUUAUUUCUUCCCCCUCUGUGUCAAAGAGCCGUUCCAGACGGUCUGCCAGUCCUCCAAGAAAAUCGAGGAGAGGAGAAAAGCGAGACAGGGAUACUAUGGAACAAAUAAUUGUUCAUAGGAUAAAUGACAGUCGACCUCGAGAGGGAUCUGACCGCUUAGACAGAGAAAGAGAUCGUUUAGAUGAUGACGCCUAUGAUAGGGACUCAAAACGGGAUAGGGAUAGGGAACCAGCAUAUCUGGAUAGAGAUAGGUAUGACAGAAUAGGUAGAGAUAGACAGGACAGGUAUGAGAGAUCUGACCGCACUGAGAGGAAAUCUCAUCGAAGGGAUAGGGACAGGACGAAGUCACACAAACGUUCAAGGCGUUCAAGAAGUCGUUCACGAUCCCCACCUCCUCCAAGAACGAGAAGGUCUAGUCGUUCGCCUCUAUCACGGUCAAGAAGUAGAAGUCCUCAAAGGUGGAAAACAUCUAGAAGUCGCUCUCCAGUUGGCUUGUCUCGGUCGAGACAUUGGAGUGGCUCUCCCAAUCGUUCUAGAAGAUCUUCAAGCAGGGGACAUAAAACGUCUACUAAAAGAAGGUCAAGAACAAGAAGUCCCCUCCGAAGCCGGCGGUCUCGUACCCGCUCACCUCCAAGUAGAGGCCGCAUCACUUCUAGGAGCCCUGUAAGAAGUCCUCGCACUCCAAGAAGCCCAUCCUCUGCGGCCGCCCGACGUCUUCAAGCUGAGUCCAAGAUUGGCGACACUAGUCUUGUAGCAGAAAUGAUGAAACGCCGUCAAACUCGUGAAACUGCUUUAAAGACUUUGGAAGCUCUUGGGAAGAAGAAAAAGGCCAAUGAGGAUGAUGGUGAUGUUACAAUCAUUGAACCUGAUGGUGAUUCGCAGUCCUCUAAGAAUGGUUUAGAGUCUAUUCAUCCAGAUUAUGUCUCUAAAACCAGUGAUGUUAAUCUUAUACCAGUACCUGUCUGUGAUGCAAAUCAACUCCCUGGAAUGAAUUAUAAUCAUAUGAUGGAUGUGGUGCCUCCACCAGCUCCCCCUCCAGGGCUAUGGUAUUCUCAUGGACCUCCACCAAUGUUGGGCAUGAUGCAACCCCAUACAUUCCAAAUGCCCCCUGGAAUUCCUCCCCCUCUUGGAAUGAUAUCAGUCACUCAGCCUCCUCCACCACCCCAGAUGCCAUCCAAACCGCCAACCCAUCUACCACCACUACAGGCACCACCAUUACCCAAUUUAUCAACCCCACCCCCGCCUGUGAGAUCAAUGCCAUCUAUGUCGAUACCCCCACCCUUAUUACCUUCUCUACCUAAUGGAGAUGAUAGAGAACUGAAACCAUUUGAUGGGUUUGAUAAGAAAAGUCAAAUCAGGUCAGACACACCAGUGCGUUCCAAGCCCAAAAACCUCACAAAAUUACCUAUGCCUCCAGGGCUUAAUCAGAGUGAUUUUGAAACCAUUGAUUCCCCACCUAGCAGAACCCCAAGUCCUGAGCCUAAGCCUAAAACUCCACCUAAAAAGAGCAUCAAAGAUCUGCCUCUUCCUCCUGUUGUUGGUGGAUCAGAGGAUUUCAGUGCUGAUGAAGAUGGUCCUCAGACUCCUCCUCCACCAACUAGCAUGUCCAAACUUAAUGUAGGAAAACCUGCUAAAGGAAAGUUAAAAAGACCCAAAAUUGUUAACAAACAUCGGCCAUCCAGGAACAGUAUGAUGCCAGCCACUGGUGGAAAAGACUGGGGUGAACGCUGUGUUGAUAUGUUUGAUGUUAUCACACAGAUUGGGGAGGGUACUUAUGGACAGGUGUACAAAGCUAAAGACAAGAGAACAAAAGAGAUGGUUGCAUUGAAAAAGGUUCGCUUAGAAAAUGAAAAGGAAGGUUUCCCAAUAACAGCUGUCCGAGAAAUCAAAAUUUUACGUCAGCUAAACCACAAAAAUAUUGUGAAUUUGAGAGAAAUUGUUACUGACAAACAAGAUGCUCUAGAUUUCCGCAAGGACAAAGGGUCUUUCUAUCUUGUAUUUGAGUACAUGGACCAUGACCUAAUGGGGUUACUAGAAUCUGGCUUUGUAGACUUUAAGGCUGUUCAUAAUGCUUCUAUUAUGAAGCAGUUGUUGGAUGGAUUAAACUAUUGCCACAAGAAGAAUUUUCUUCACAGAGAUAUUAAAUGUAGCAACAUACUUAUGAACAAUAAAGGUGAAGUGAAACUGGCGGACUUUGGUUUGGCUCGCCUUUACAAUGCAGAAAAUAGAGAGCGACCGUACACAAAUAAGGUUAUUACUUUGUGGUACCGUCCUCCAGAAUUACUGUUGGGUGAAGAAAGAUAUGGGCCAGCUAUCGAUGUUUGGAGCUGUGGUUGCAUUCUGGGUGAACUUUUUAACACUAAACCCCUAUUCAUGGCUAAUACAGAGCUGAAUCAACUAGAGAAGAUAUCUUCAUUGUGUGGCACACCCACCCCUGCUGUGUGGCCUAAUGUGAUAAAGCUUCCCCUUUGGCACACAGUAAAACCUAAGAAAACCUAUAGAAGACGUUUAAGAGAAGAAUUUGAAAAAUUAAUGCCAACCCCUGCCUUAGAUUUACUAGACCGCAUGCUAGAACUAGACCCUGAUAGGAGAAUCACAGCAGAGGAGGCGCUUAAAUCAGCUUGGUUGAUAAAAGUCCAACCAGAAAAAAUGUUACCACCUGACCUGCCUGUGACACAGGAUUGUCAUGAAAUGUGGAGCAAGAAAAGACGAAAGCAAAUCCGUGAGCAGCAAGAUUGUGGUCCACAUCUUCCUCAAGGAAAACCUCAAACUUCCAAAGAUAAACCAAUUAAAGCACCAUUUGAUGACAGCUUAGAGCAGGGCGGAUCAAGUAAUUCUUCCCCAUCAAAACGAGCGCCCUAUGACAGUUCUUCAAGGACACUGAAAAUGGAGGCUGGUUUUACUUAUCAUGCAUCAAGCAGUGAAUAUAAUCAGCAAUCACUUACUGCCGCUAUCGCCGCUGCCACUGGCAUGUCAUCUCCGGCACCUCGUCGACCAAACCGUCUGGGACCCCGUAAUCCUCAACCAUCAUCAUACUCACCUCCUUUACCAGAUGAAAAUAUUCUUCCUGAUGUUUCACUUUACAAACAACUCUCAAUCAUUGCGGACUAUGUUGUGAGAAAGUUUCCCAUUAGAGUUCAUCAUUUAUUGGCACUUCAUCAGGAGAAUGAGGCUGAUGGUGCAUUGGUUGAAAGACUUCAGUGGGAUCUCAGGCAGGCCUUUGAAACUGCACAUGCAUCCAACCAACUUCCAGCAGUUCCUCAAAAGUUCCCUCGAGUUGAUCCCAAAUUAGUCAUCUUUAACGGCCCUAAUGUGAAUGCAUCAGGUAGGCCUGCCUCAGGGUCAAACACUGGAUUUGAUGCAUAUGCUGUGUAUGCUGGGGACAACGCAGUUAAUCCAACUGUACCCCAAGAGACCAUAGCUAGUGAAGCUGUGCGAUCAACAUUAUCAACGUUGUUAAAUAAGAAUGGUUUUCCUGUGGCUGCUGGAAUGCUGAAGCAUUCACUUUCUCAGCAAUCUAAGGAACCGCAAGAUGCAGGUAUGGAGAAUUACUCAUCUCGGAGGAGCAUAUCCACAGCUUAUGAACAGCACCCCAUUCCUACCUUACAGUCAACUGUAAACAGUAGCAAUGGACAAAAUGUGUUUGAUAAUCAGAACCAUAUUAGCAGCAUGUGGUAAAAUUGCUUUUUACUGUCAAAAUACCCCACGCACAGUUUUUUUUUUUUUUUUUUUUUUUGUACAGUAGCUAAGUUUAUUACCCCCAGUACUGUUACUGUUAAUUAUAAUGCUAGCAUAGGUGCUGUUGUUGUUGUUUUUGUGUGUGUGUGUUUCAAACCAUUAAUUUUAUGUGACCCCUGUAAUUCUCUUUGUGUUUUUUGAACUCUGCCUGCUUUUAACACUCUUCACAUACUAUUUGAUCAUACUUUGAUUUAGAUUCGGUUUUCAAAGUAAUAUGCUAUCUGAAGAAAAUGCAGUGAGAAAUUUUGAUACAUAAUCUACAGUGUAAACCUUCAGCAAUGUUUGCAGCAUGAGCUUUUUGCUUUCAUAUUUUGUGUUCUAUUCUAUCUGAUAUGAAAUGAACUACCCCUGUAAAUAAGUAUUUUUAUUUCAAGAAUUUUCUAUCCUUCCUUGAUUGUGAUAUGUAUUUUGUAUUCAUACAUAGCUUUUUGUACAUCAUUCUCUACUUCACAGAAUUUCUUUCGAAUUGUUAUAUCUAUUUUCCCUAUUUUGGAGGCAUGCCAAGUUAGACGAAUAUUUACUUAUAUUGAAAAACAAAAAUUUAUCUGCAUGCUCAAUUUUUUUGUGAUGUUCUUUGCUUGUUUUUUGGGCUGAUGCUGGAUUUUGAAAUCAAAAUGAACUUUCUUAUAUCCACUUUGUUGUAUGUCCUAGAUUUUUAAUUCAUGAACUGUAGAGCAAUUAUAGUAAAGAGAUACAAAUGCUGUUUUAUUAUUCCAGGAAACAGCUAUGCCAGUGGUGACCAAUUUACUGGUGGACAGUAAAUAUUAACCCAUCUGAGGAUGAUAGAAGUGCAUUCAUCUUCAACUUUUCUUAUUUCAUGUUUUCAGGCAUCGGGGUGAAAAUGUUAUGUUAUGCAACCGCAAAUGCAUUGUUUCUAUCUAUUGUACAUAAAUUUUAGAAACUUGUACCUAUCGACUAUCACUGUAAGUUACUUCUAUUGUAAGUUAUGAAUAAAUAAAGCCAAUCAACUACCCA